AUGGCAAGGCCGUUGCUGGACGAGCAAGUUCAUUACAAUGAAGGAAGGCCGAUAGCUGAUCCAAGUGGUGAUGGCGAUGGCAAAACAGGAGAUGAUGAUGAUGGGUAGGGUCUUUUGUUCAAAAUUGUUUAGUUUAAUCUCAGGCUAAAAAGCUUAAGGUUUUGUAGAGUUGGGCUUAGAAGUUUUAGGCACGGUAGGCUUAGGCUCACUAAGCUCAGGUUUGGUCGGCUAUAGUUUUGUAGGCUUAGGCUUAACCUUGACUCGUCGUAGAAAAAUAAAGUCAAAACCCCAGCACUCGCAGUAAUUUGGUGGGUCGUUUUACAUCGAGGCAGAUAUGACAUAAAACCAUAAAAUUACUUCAGAAAAAGUUGCGCAACACGAUUUCUGACAAUUUCUCUGAGGCUAUACAGUUAUAUAACUGAUAUUAGGUAAUGUCGCAAAAUUUUCCUUUAUUUUUGUUCUUUAAUGCAAAGUUGCAAUUUAUGCGUUGAGGUCUGAACCUACAAUAAUAUAAAUUUAAGCUAACGAUCUAAAUUAGGCUUAGGUUUAUUAAGCUUAGGCUUAGCAGACUUAGGCUUGGUAGGCUUAGGCUUAGUAGGCUUAGGCUUAUUAAACUUAGGCUUGGUAGGCUUAGACUUAGCAGACUUAGGCUUAGUAAACUUAGGCUUAGUAGGAAUAGGCUUAGUAGGCUUAGGCUUAGUAGGCUUAGGCUUAGUAAACUUAGGCUUAGUAAGAAUAGGCUUAGUAGGCUUAGGCUUAGUAGGCUUAGGCUUAGUAAACUUAGGCUUAGUAGGAAUAGGUUUAGUAGGCUUAGGCUUAGUAGGCUUAGGCUUAGUAAACUUAGGCUUAGUAGGAAUAGGCUUAGUAGGCUUAGGCUUAGUAAACUUAGGCUUAGUAGGAAUAGGCUUAGUAGGCUUAGGCUUAGUAGGCUUAGGCUUAGUAAACUUUGGCUUAGUAGGAAUAGGCUUAGUAGGCUUAGGCUUAGUAGGCUUAGACUUAUUAAACUUAGGCUUAGUAGGCAUAGGCUUAGUAGGCUUAGGCUUAGUAAACUUAGGCUUAGUAGGCUGAGGCUUAGUGGACCUAAGUUUAGUAAGCUUAAGCUUAGUAGGCUUAGGCUUAAGCUUAGUAAACGUAGGCUUAGUAGGAAUAGGCUUAAUAGGCUUAGGCUUAGUAGGCUUAAGCUUUUUAAACUUAGAAUUUGUAGGGUUAGGCUUAGUAGGCGUAGACUUAGUAGGCCUAAGUUUAGUAAGCUUAAGCUUACUAGGCUUAGGCUUUGUAGACUUAGGUUCUAGUAGUUUUAGGCUUAUUAAGCUUAGAUGAGCAGUUUUUUAAAAGCGUUAGCCCUGUUCAUGUUAGGCUUAAAUUCGGUUUGCUUGACUUAAGUUGAGGCAUAAUUGCUUUAGGCUUAGUAACCUUGCGUUUAGCUGAAUGAGGCUCAGUAAGCUUAUGUUUAAUAGCCUUUUUUAAUGUAAAAUACGCUGGGGCGAGUUUAAAAUUCAAAAAAAAAUUGUAUGUAUUUUAGUGACAGUAUAUCCAGCGAUGAAGAAGCCGAAGGCAUUCGAGAAAGUAAACAUGAGUUCUUCUCUCGACAUUUGCAUAAUAUGAUACAUUUUCUGGUCGAGGACUGGUUCAUCUCGGCUAUGUUAGGCUUCAUAACAGCUAUUUUGUCAAUUGCUGUGGAUAUGUCAUACGAGUACCUUAAUCAUUGUAAGUUUAAAAUGGCGAAAACUUUCUUUACAAGACAUAAAAUGGCAAGAACUUUUUUUACAAAACAUAAGUAGCAAAAACUUUCUUUACAAAUCCAAAAGUUGCAAGAAUUUUCUUUACAAAACAUAAAUAGCAAAAACUUUCAUUAGCAACCAAAAAUAGCAAGAACUUUCUUUACAAAACAAGAAAUGGCAAGAACUUUCUUUACAAAACAUAAAUAGCAAAAACUUUCUUUACAAAUCAAAAAAUGGAUAGAAUUUUCUUUACAAAACAAAUAAUGGCAAAAACUUUCUUUACAAAACAAAACAUGGCAAGAACUUUCUUUACAAUAACUUUUUACAGACAAAGUAAUCGUAUACGACCAAGCAAUGAAAGUCGACCACAUAGUUGGCUUCACGGCAUGGGUAAUGUACAUAGUGGCAUUUGUGGGUCUCGGCGCGAUUGUUUGCAAGUACAUUUCGAAACAUGCGAUUGGAAGUGGCAUUCCUGAAGUCAAGGUCAUUAUGAAUGGCUUCAUGCUUCAGAACUACCUCACGUUCAGAACGUUGGUGGCUAAAGUGGCAGGCCUGGUACUAACGCUGGGAAGUGGACUACCUGUGGGCAAGGAAGGACCAUUUGUGCAUAUGGGGGCUAUUGUAGCCACGUUGUUGGCUAAAGCUACUAGACCGUUCCAGCAAAGCGCGUUUUACUCGAACGAAGGCAGAGAUGUGGAGAUAUUGAGCAGUGGAUGUGCUGUGGUAAGGGGGGGGGGUAUGGUAUUGGAGGUUAGAGUAAAAAGAGUGCUAUAUAUAUACUCUGUAUAUUAUAGAUGAUUAAGGUAAGCUACAGUAUAGUAAGACGAAAAUAAGGCUUAAACAAGCUAAGGAACCGUAAGCUUAAAGUAGGAUAGCACAAGGGUAGGGUAGAUCAAGCGUAGGCCAUUAGUAAAGUAAGAUAGGCAGGCCAAGGGCAAGUUAGGUGAAGGAUAAGGUAGGCCAAGAGUAGAGCGUGCCUAAGAUAAGCCAAGACAUAAACAGGGGGGUUCUAAGACAGGUUAAGCUAAAGAUAAAGCAGACCAAAAAUAAGGUAGGCCAAAAAUAGGGCAGGCUAAAGUUAGGGCACGACAUUAUCUUAAGCCAAGUGUAGGGUAGGGUAGGGGUAAAAAAGCUCAAGGGUAGAUUUGGCUAGGCUAAAGCUAGAGCAAGCGGGAUGCGUAGGGAGGGUCAAAAACAGGGCUUUAAGCAAGGGCUAGGGCUCUGGGCUCUGGGCUAGGGUUAAGACAGAAUAAAAAAAUUUUUAAUUUUGUUUUUUAGGGUAUUGCUUGCACCUUCUCAGCGCCAGCUGGUGCAGUACUAUAUGGAAUCGAGUCGACUCACAAAUAUUUUGCUGUAAAAUCAUAUUGGCGAUCUUUUUUUGCCACGACUUGUUCAGCAUUACUAUUUCGAUUUGUGAAUUAUGCUAUUAUUCCGAAGGACAUUGCUGGUGCUAUCACUGCUUAUUACCAAACCAGCUUUCCGAAUGAAGUGUUUGUGGUCGAAGAGAUACCUAUUUUUGCUUUUAUUGGGUAUGUUUUGGCUUUUUUGAGUUUUUUAAAGCUUUUUAAAAUUGUUUAAAUUUUUUUUAUUUGAAUUUUUUUAAAAUUCGAAAAAAAAAUUAUUUUUUAUUUUUCUCAAUUUUUUUAAAAUUUUAGAAUUUGUUGUUUAAAACGUAUUUACUGGUUUUUUUAACUUUUAAAUUAAAAAAAAAAAUUUAAAGCCAUUUUUAAUAUUUUUUUAAUUUUAGAAUCUUAAGUGGCCUACUUGGAGCAGUAUUCUUGAUUCUACAUGGCUGGAUCUCUAAAUUUAUUCGAAAAAAUCGAAUUUUUCUGAAAGUUUUUGGUAAAGAGUAAGUUGUAAACAAAGUUCUUUCUGUUUUUUAUUUUGUAGAGAAAAUUCUUGAAAUUUUUUACUUUGUCAAAAAUGUUUUUGUCAUUUUUUGUUUUGUAAAGAAAGUUCUUGCUAUUUUUUAGUUUGUAAAGAAAGUUCUUGCGCUUUCAAAUCAAUAUUUUUUAUUUUUAGUGGAUUUGCCUUCACAAUAUUUAUGGCAUUUGUAGUCGGUAUCAUCACCUUCCCAGCUGGAGUAGGUAGCUAUGUUCAUGGUCGUUACAAUUUCCGUGAGACCUUGAGUGAUUUAAUUUCCAAUUGUACCAUGACACUGUAUGAUACUGACACGAAUCGUGGGUGCAGCAAAGCCAUGGUAUUUAGAUGGACGGCUGA